UUGUUUAACGUCCUCUCGAGAAUCUUUCACUCGUAUGGAGACGUCACCAUUGCCGGUGUAGGGUUGCAAAAUUUAUGCCUAUGUUCGGCGCUUACGGCCUUUGAGCAGGGAGAGAUUUUUAUCGUGCCACACCUGUUGUGAGACAUGGCCUCAGUUUUUGCGGCCUCCUGUAAAGGACCGCCCCAUUUAGUCGCUUCUUACGACAAGUAAGGGGUACUGAGGACCUCGCUCUAACCCGGAGCAAAAACAACAGUGAAUUAGAAAGUGUGACGAGAAUAUGCUCUUCCAUUCUAUAAAUUGUUUGAAUCAUACGGAAUGGAUUAUUAUAAAGCUUCCGUUUUCUUUUUCUUUUUUAAUUGUGUCUUCUCAUGACAUUCGUAGAAAAUUGCUAAACAGAGAGUGCAACAAGCAGCUUUUUGAGUUUUAUUUUAUUUUUUUUUUACAAAAAUGUUAAUUGGUACUUUUAAAUUGUUAUAAACAAUUAGAUAUCUGCAGAGCAAGCGCAUACAAACUUUAUACAUGUAGUUUCUAAAACAAAGUUUAUAAAUAAAACAGCUACAUGGCAUGUGUCUGUGCAAGAGUUGGUACAUAUAUCGACCGAUACCAAGGAAUCCGCGAGCGCCCACGAACAAUUUGCAGCGGAAGAGCUUCGCGUCAGAACAGCUGACUGCUGUGUUACGAAUGGUCAAAGUCAUGGAUGCUCCCGAAAUUUUUAAAUUAAUUGGUAUUAUUGUAUGUUUCUUUGUUGUUAUUGUGGGAACUGCGAAAGUUCUGAGAAUAUAUUCCACUUUUAGUGACCCUGUCUUGAAGAAAAUCACCAAUUUAGUGAUCCUCAUCUCUGCAGUACCAUGUUGUUUACGCUUGGUUGCUCUCUGUGUUUCGCUAAUUUACGGCGGGUGGCCUUUUCACGAUCUCGGAUGCCAGUUGUAUGGUUAUGUCGACCUCGUGCUCUACUCGGGUUCAACCUGGAUCUUGUGCAUCGCCGCAAUGGAGAGAUAUUUCAAGUUCAUGCUACAAGUGGAUCAUCCGUCAACCUUCUCCGUGAAAAAUGUGAACAUGAUAGUCGUGGGGAUCUUCAUCCUAAUUAUCCUGUUAGCCACGGGGCCGCUGUAUGGUCUGGGAGAAUAUUCCUACUAUAGAGGUCACCUGAAUGUUUCUCUGGUCUAUCAUCCUCUCGGAGAAAAUAUGACAACAGAUGACUUUCUGUUUCCCAGAUGGUAUUCAGUUCUGUUGAGGAACGAAAUUGGGAGACACGCCUUGCCGAACCCAACUUUCUUAUUUCAAAACACGUUUCAAGAUCGUUUACACAUCAAGAUCGUUCAGCUGAGACAGACUGAGGUGGGAUUCAACAUGUUUCUCCGUUGUCCUUCAAGGCCAGUUGCUGAAGAACUAUGGCACAACCAUACAACAGGUGCCCUUGGCGAAAUAUUUAAAACCAUUGUAUGGUAUCCUGAACUCGCCCAGACCUUCAAUGUCAGGGAUGCAGUAAUCCACACGUUCAUUGAUAAGCAGGAAUAUGAGAGCUACACAGAUCAGUUCCUUGUCUUGCAAGAUUUGGGAGUGUGCAGUACUGAUUUGACAUCUAAGAACGUUCACGCAGUUGUGUGGUCGGUGUACCAGACCAUCCUAACUACAGCAGUUCCCUUCGUCCUGGAGAUUAUCCUGUACACAGUUAUGUCGUGUAAAAAACCAUAUAAUAAUAUCGCAGCCAUAGAUAAACACAUUCGUGGAGAUGACAUCCGGGCACUUCGGUUCUUCCGAAGUUCCUCAGUGGUGUGUUUUCUUCUGACUUCGUCGUAUUUUGCGAUCAUUAUCAUCAAUUUGAAUGGCGUUUAUAUACAACCAAUAGUGAUUUUCCUGACGUCACUUUUAUAUUUUGCGUCAUCAGUAUCUUUACUGGUGGCUUGGUUUGUUGUUGAGUGCGACCCCUUCGCUUGCAUUACCAGUGUUUUGAGGAAUUGUUGGAACGUUUCGAGAAGGAAAUUUUCAAGUGAGUGUGCGGAAAUUUCUAUCGGAAGAUCAACACUGAGUAGGAUGAAACAGAGGUCAUUUCCAGAACCCAAGACAUAUCUUUGAACUCAUAUCUCUCUUUUUUGUUUCUGUAUUUUUUUAAAUUUUAUUUUUUACAUCCCCCCCCCCAAUUUGCGAUGCAAAAUGCACUGUAAUGUAUUUGCAAUUCUGAAGAAUUAUUUCAUAUUAUAUGAGUCUACAUUCUCAUACCCAAUAGAGUCAGAGGCAAAAGUGCAGUAGUUUUACCAUAUAAUAUACGACUGUUAUUGCCGGGUCAGAAAAUACUUGUUGAGUCGGGCAUCAAAUCUGGAACCCCUGCAUUCAGUGUUCUAACCACCAAGCAACGUACCCAGACCGGUCUUCAUUUGAUAGUCUACCUCGGUACCAAACAAACAACGCUACCAUGUAAGGGUCUCCUUCUAUAGUGUCCAUCAGUUAUUUAAAGAGUAUCUCUAUUUGAUUGUAUGAUCUCACGAAUCACCAGUGUGAGACCAACAUCACCCAUGUGGGGUUUAAUAGAACCCUUCGUUAGUACGAGUGUCGGAUUUGGAAAUUCCACUAAGGGGACAAGAUUCACAGUCUAGGACGAGGCUUUGUCAAGUAAAUAAAGGAUUUAAGGCCAGAUGAUAUAAACAAAUUUUUCUACCUUUAGCACUGAAGAGUUCCCAUGGUAAAAAAAAUUACUUUGGUUGGUUUUGGUUUUCUCAUUUAUAGUUGUUUGGAACUCUUCUGUGUUUUAAGAGCAGGAAAGGGGGUCAGUAAACAAUGUAAACAAUUGUGAUGCCAGAGUCAUUCAGGAAAAAAUCAGGAAAAAUUAUUAGUAAAAAACGUCAUCAAAGGUUACAGAAUGCUAAGAAAGGUUAUGCAUUAUCCCUUGGACGUAAGAUAGUGAAUGUUGAUGCCAAUAACAACGUGGUGAUGGAGGAGAAGUUGGAUGAAUCAAGAAAAAAUGUUCGUCUGGUGAUAAUUCACAAGAAUGCCUACGAAAUGAAGAAACGUAUCCAUCUGAUGCAUCAGAGAGUGAGGAAUCGGAAGAAGAGCAUGAGAAGAUGAUUUGUUGGAGACGAGUUGUGGAAUUCUAGUGGACAAUUUGGAAAAAGGUUGUGCUGCGUGUGGUAGACCACUAGAUUUAACAACGCAUAAGACAUUGUGAGGACGAAAAACGGUAUGGACUUGGAUCAUUGCUAUAUAUAAGAUGUCAGCAGGAAGCAUGCAGUUAUCUUUCUCCUAUUUCUACUGGGAAACGUGACAUAAUGCAGAAAUUAAUGUAAAAUGGCACAUCAAAGAGAUCCUGUAUUAGGCAUUUCUUUAUUUUUUUUCAGAGAUGAAUAGCAAAGGAAAACCAAGAGUGACAACAACAACAAAAAAACACCCCAAAAACAAACAGUAAAAUCAUAAAUGCCAUUGUAAAUUAUUUUCAGAAGUUGUAAAAUUUUACUCUUAUAUUAUGGGAGAUAACUCUUCUUUGUCUUGAGAAAAUCAGCCAAUGUGAUAUUUACAAUUUUGCUUCUACUCAGAAAAUUCACCCCGUAUGGUAUAUGAUUUUUAAGUUUAUAUUACACUUUAAACAUUAAGUCAACAUAUUAUGAAGUUUAUUUUAAUUUGUAAAUCUUUACUGAGGGUACAAUGUCCAUAUAUGUAAUUUUAUUGAAGCAGCAAUUGAUAUUUUCCAAGUGUAAAAUUUGUAAUGCAUCAAUAUUUUACAUUUGAACUUGAUUAGACCCCCUAUUUUAUGUGUAAAUCAUGCAAACAAACAUUUCAAAUACAGUGGUAUCUUGAAUGUU